CAUUCUUCCCUUUCUCUCCCAUUACACCCCGUCCUCGUAUUCCUCGCGCUUUCAGAGCUCUCGACGCUUUCAGCAGUAUGUUCGCGUUUAGCAAAUUCGUCCUCCUUGCCACCGCUGUCGCGGGUCUGCAGAUGGUUGGCACUUCUGCCCAAUCGAUUUCCUCGCAGUGUCAAGCCACCCUAGCGGGGAUUGUCAGCUCUUCGGAUGCGUCUUGUUUGAACGCGCAGAACCUCGUCGGUCUCGUACUCUCGAGUGGCAGCAAUGCUUCCAUUGUCCCGACGCUCAACACCUGGCUCACCGGUCUCUGCGCGAAGCCGGCGUGCUCGAACGACACCCUCUCCACCAUCGUCCAGAAUGUCACGUCAGGCUGCCAGUCUGACCUGAACAGCCUCGGCCUGUCUGGAAUUGACGCGAGUCAGCUUUCUGCUCUUGUGCAGACGGCGUAUCCGACCGUUCGCUCUGCGCUGUGCCUUGCCGACUCUAAGCAGAACAACCAGCUAUGCGUGAUCGAAUACCUUGACAGCGUCCAGCCCUACACCGGCAACCUCACCCUCGCAAACAUCGAGGCGAUCGGAAGCAAUCUCGCGGACAGCAGCUCCGCCCCGAGCAUCCCCGCCAACGUCACCUGCACGGACUGCGUCAAGGGCGUGUACUCCGUGCUCAACAGCGGGCUCGGCAGCUUCCUCCCGUCCACGAUCGGCUCGUCCUUGCAGAGCACGUGUGGCGCCUCGUUCACCGACGGCUCCACUCCCUCCGACGUCGCGCAGCUCGCGAGCGGUGCAUCGUCGGCAUCAUCAUCGACGACCGUCACGCCCAACGGCGCCGUGCCCGCGCUCUCCUUCGCACCUAUCGUCGGCGUCGCCGCGUCGGUCCUUGUCGCGGCUGUGUCUGCACUGUUCGUCCUUGCGUGAGGAAGGACAGGACUUGGAUCAAAGAAGCACAGUGCUUCGCUACUCCAUCGUGAUACUCGCUCCGAACGUGCGCGGACCGCUGUUAUGAUACUGUGAUACGGACUCAAUGGACUGUAGCAAUGCUGAGCCUCUACCUUUACGCAUCACGUCUUGUUUAAUCAUGCCAUCGGACAUAUCGCAAUGCAUCGGAUGUGGCGCACAACUUCUAUCGUGUUGUACGGUGUGCCUUGCUAUGUAUGUGGUGCGGUCCCCUCCGGAGUGCUUCCAUACUCCGGGAUGCACCGCCUGUGGUUUGUGCCGGCUCCUUUGUCUCUAUAAUGGACGCCGCUGAUAUGGCUUGCUUGGAAGGUGCCACCGUUCGAUAUGCAUUCAUCUUUUCAACCCGG